GAAGAGGCAGAGCUCAGCAGUAGAGGAAGUGGCAACAGCCAUUUUAGUUGCUGCAUGCUUUCUGCAGCUCUCUGCUCAUGUCAACCAUGGAGCAUUGACAUAACAGAAAGACCGUUCAAGCUCAGCUUUGCUUUAAGGUACUAUCUUACAAUUGAUGUCUUGAAUUAUUUGAUUGUAUGCCUGUAUGCCUGUCAUUGAGAACAACUACACACAGCUGCACUCAAGAUAGUGUUUGGGUUGGUAUUGUUGAUAAUGUUUUGGAUACACAGAUUGGAUAUUAGUAUGAUGUUAGCAACAUGAUAGAUGUUAGUAUUAGUAACAUAUAAGCUCUUUCAAAAGCUAACCUCCGGGUAUUUCAUGUUUAAUGUAACCCAAAAUCAAAUCAAAUCACGUCAAAACAAAUCAAAUCAAAUUAAAUGGAAUCAAAUCAAAUCCAGGGUUACUUGAUCUCCUGAUAUUUUGAAGUAUCGUUUUUUGUUUCGUGUUCAUGUUCCUUGUCUAGUUCUUUUUUUUUUCUUUUUUUUCAUUCUACUGACAAGAAUCUGGAGAUGUCACGGUGUGAAACGGUAAUCCAUGUUCUCCCUUCCCUUUGCGCGGGCGGGGGAGGAGGGGGAGGGGGAGUUGCAGAUGCUGCUGUAGCCAUGGUGACGCUGAGUUACCUGAUGGAAGACGAGAGCCGAGACGACAGGUCACCUCUGCUGCUCGAGGCCCCAGCCAGCGCUGUGCUGGCUGCUGCCCCCCAGAGAUACCCGGGGGGGUCACACCUGGACACGUUCCUCCUCAGCAGGAGGAAUAACCUCCGCCUGAGUCUGGCGCUGCUGCUGGGAUGCUACGCGGCUAUUCUGAUCCCUGCCUACUCCCACGCAGACAGGCUGGCCCCUAUAGAUGACGCUCAACCAGCGCCUCCAGAUCUGGCUCUCCUCAACCUCUCAGCUGACCUUCUGUCGGGGCCCUGCCUCCCACAGUGGGGUCGGGAUCGCCUGAGGACCUUGUCCUGCUCUGGGGGCCUCCUGGGGCUGGCCCCUGUGUUCGUGGAGGGGGGGGCACCCUGGGAGCUCCCCCCCCCGCUGGGGCUCCGGGGCAGCGAGCGGCAGGCGGCCCGGGCUCUGGCCUCGCUGCCCCGGCCCGGCCCCCCCCCCUGGCUGCAGGGGGGGGGGUGCAGGCGCUGCGUGGUGGUGGGCAGCGGGGGGGUGCUCCACGGCAGCCAUCUUGGCUCCUCUAUCGAUCAGUAUGAUGUCAUCAUCAGGCUGAACGCGGCUCCGGUGGGGGGCUUCCAGAGAGACGCGGGCUCCAGGACCACCAUUCGCCUGGUGUACCCCGAGGCAGCGCCCCCCUCCCCUGAGGAGUACCGGUCCACCAGCGUGGUGGCCCUGGUGGUCUUCAAGAGCCUGGACCUGGACUGGCUGACCUCGGUGAUCACCAAGAGACCUCUGAGUUUUUGGUCCAAGUUGUGGUUCUGGAGGAAGGUGGUCGAGGAGAUCCCCCUGACCGCAGAACACUUCCGGAUCCUGAACCCGGAGAUUAUUCACCAGACAGGACGGGCUCUGCACAGCUACACGCCCAGCGGGGGAACGAGGGUGCCCACCCUGGGGGCCAGCGCCGUGGUGCUCGCCCUGCAGCUGUGUGACCAGGUCAGCCUGGCGGGGUUCGGCUACGACCUGAGGCACCCAGGGGCCCGGCUCCACUACUACGAGGCCCUACGCAUGGACGCCAUGAAGGGCCAGGUGGUGCACGACAUCGGCUCUGAGAAACUCUUUCUCAGGGAUCUGGUUUCGUCGGGGGCUGUGACUGACCUUACAGGAGCGCUAUGAGCCCGUGGCGAGAGAGCGAAGCGAGGGAGACACACACGAGUCGACACAAUGACAACGACAGGACACUCGGCCACCGGGAGAGAACAACGUAUAAACACACCACGCUGACCUUUACCACGCAGGGGGCUGCAGACAGAGCAUUGGAUUAGGAGACAGAGGGGAGGAGGGCAGAAUGUUGGUGUUUGUAGAUUUACUCUUGAAUUAUUAACCAGAUCACUGCACUUCUACCAGCUUCACAUUAUCUUCUCUAGAACGUUUAUGCAUUUUAGGUAUAAUUAAGGAUUGCUGGCAUUCUUUAUGAUAUCCUGGUUGGAUUUAGUAAGAACACAUAUAUGAUAAUUUUCUUUUACAUGAUUAUUAUAUAUUUUUAUAAAUACUAUCCAAAUAAUAAACGCUUUUAAGAAAA